GCAGCUGACGUCGCUUGUUAGCACUUAGCAGCGGUCAGCGGCAGUCAUGAGCGGCCCCUCCUAUGGGCUCUCGGUUACAGCAGAGUUCGGGAAAUUAUCAUUUACGACAGCAGCAUACUGAAACGCCCCAAUCAGAUGCAAUUGGUUUUGGCGGAAUCUCAGCCCAAUUAUUGCCCUCUUCAAAAUUCCAAUUUCCCUCAGGCACCUCUAUAAAUUAUUUUUCUCAUCUUUGCUUGGCUAUCUCCUCACGGGGUUAGGGUUUUGCCUCCACUUAAGGCAAUUCCAAUGAAGGCUUCUCUCAAAUUCCGCGACGAACAAAGGCCGCUUUUCAGAGCCAAAGUUCCUCUCAACGUCCUGGGCUUGCCGUUCCAAUCCGGCAUAGUAGCUGGCGAGUCCAAGGAGCUCACUCUCAAUCUUGGCACCUUCUUCGAAUCUGGCCCGUCCCUCAGGAUCGCCUACCGUCCCAAUGAUUCUUUCAAUCCCUUUUCCCUCAUACUCAAGACAGGGACAGGGCCAUUCGGUUCGCCUUUCUCCAGUUCCAUGUUGAUGAGUGCCGAGUUCAAUUUACUGGGUCGUGGAAAUGGGAAUCCUACUUUCAUGCUCCAUUUCAAACCUCGAUUUGGGGAUUUUUCUUUCAAGAAGUCGCAGUCUUCGAUUUUUGAUCCCAAAGUCUUCGGUUCCCAGAAUGGCACCGCCUCGGAUGAUGACGGGUCUGUUGAGGCGGUGGACUCGCCGGUGAUGAACUCGUUCUCUGGCCAGAAAAUUUCGAUGCUGGCUACUCGCUCUCCGUCUGCCGGUGCCAUUUCCAAUCUGUUCUCCGGCAUGGAGGUGACAGCAAGGACAACAAUCCCGGUUAAAGGACGAGCCGUGGUGAACUUCCGAUGGGGUGUCCGUGUACCGGCGGAGCUGAAGUGUCGUGAUAACGUGACGGCUGGGAUAGCGUUUCAGAAGAUUCCGUUCCUGGUGAUGGAUAAGAUUGGAGUCGAGCACGUGGACAGCGGAGGUUCAAAGGGGAAAGGUAGUAAAAGAGCGGGCCCCGAUUCGGCAUUGCCGGGAAAUGCUGACGUGGCAGAGGCCUGUCUCAAAGUGAAACGGCAAUUGGAAGUUUUGCAAGCUGAGAAUGGAUUACUGAGGAAUGCCGUGGAAGAUCUCCGGAGGGAAAUAUGCGGCUUCAGCUCUAUUGGAGGAUCAGAUUUCGGCAAGUACAGAGAAGUUGAGAGGAAUGGGAUGAAAUCUUGCAAUGGCAAGAUCGAUCGACGUAACAACGAGAAGAAAAGGUCGGAUUUUGACAGUUUUCCUCCAAAGUCGCCGGAAGCUGAUGUUAGUGAAGAAUUAAAGAAGGCUCUGAAGGGUGCUGCUGGCACUUAAAUUCGUUGACAUCUUGGCCAAAGAUCGUGUCUUCUUUCUCAUUUUCUGGGCACAAUCUUUGAUGUUAUCAUGACAUAGCUUUUUAAGUUUCAGAUCAGAUGAGUAUUAUAUUGUGUGCCUUUUCCUGUCCUGCUGGUUUCCUUAAUCAUGUGAUAUACGAGUGCUCGGAACUGGGAAGCUUUUGGGUGUUUGGUGCCUUUAUGCAUAACUCAAAACGUAUGAUGUUAACAAAGGUACUUGUAAAAAUGAUGAAUUUAAUGUUACUACCUUUUUAGCGGGUGUUC